AUGGCAUUUCGGCUCCUCGCCAGCCUGGUCCUUGGACCUCAGCUGGCGGCGGGCCAGGCCUGUCAGCGCACUGUCCUCGAUGCUGUCACCGUCAGUGCUGCUGGCUGGGAGGAUGGCCCGGGAGGUCAGCAGCUGCUCCAGUUGACUUCUCGAGAGAUCCAUCAUCCUCGAUUCCGUCAACUGCAGGAACGCACAGAAAGCGACCCGUUGGCGGAGGCGGAGCACAUCAAAGAGGAGAUUAAGGCUCUGGAGGAAGAGCUGAAGAAUGCCAACAGCACCACGGGGGUUCCUAGUACGUCGACCACCACAGCGAAGCCGAAGAAGCUUUCGACCACUGUGGGCCGGACGACGUCCGCUGCCAAUGUCUCUGCCGCGCCGGCAGCUGCGACCAAUAAGACAGCAGCUACUGCGGCGCAUGCCAGUAAGGCGGCCCCCACCAACGUGUCGACAGCCAAGGAGACGGUGAACAGCACCGCUAGCAGCAAAAAUAGCACGGCCGCCACCAAAAGCAGCAACACCACCGCCAAGGCCGCCAAGGGCAACAGCAGUGUCUCUAAGGCCAGCACAAUAGGUGCAGGCGCGAAAGCCACCAAGGGCAACACCAGUGGUUCCACUACCGCUGCGCCGAAAGCUGCAAGCAAGAGCCCGGCCAAGGAAGCCGCCGGAGGAAAGCAGCUGCUCCAAAUGACGUCGCGGGAGCUUCAGGAGCCACCGCAGGAGCCGGAAGGUCCAGUGAGGGCCAUUGAGAAUGUCAUUGGUGGUCUGGUGGCUGCGGUCACUUCCAAUGCCACGACGACGACUGGUGAGGAGGCGCCAAACACCGGCGCUGCAGUAGAAAAGGAAGCGGAAGAGGCUGCCGAGCACAUCAGGGAGGAGAUCGGGGCACUCGAGGACGUCCUGAAUGGCAGCAACAGCAGCAACAUCAGCAUCAGUGCAGGGGAGCAGCCUGUGAUCCCGAACUGCUGCCUCGUCCAGCUGGAAAAUCACGAAGAGCCAGAAGGUAUGUCCACCCCAAUUGCUGGGAAGGAGAUUGAAUGGUGGGAGAUUUUGUUUUAUGGAUCCAAGAGCAAGAACGAAUAUGCCGCUCCACCAAUCACGGUCGUAAAGUAUGGAAGAAAACUGACGGUGUCGCAGACGGACAGCAAGUUCCGCUUCAUGACUUCAAAUUCGAGAGUGGCGCACUUGCUUGCAGGGAUCCGGUCCACCACUGCCGCUGCCCUCGUGGAAAUGGAGGCUGCCGUUUUCAGCUGUCGAAAGUACUCUCUCAGUGCAUGCCAGAAAGCUAGAGGACCUUUACAGUCCGAUGGUGAAAUCUUGGCCGGGGUACUCUUGGACCCGAUCCUACGUGGCUCGGGCCGUUCCUUUGAAGAGGAACAAGUGGAUGUGGAGCGCCCGGGGGCCAGACAAUUGUCGACUUCACAUGGCCCGUUGCAGGUCUUCCAGGCUAUCGUGGAAAAGGCACUGUCUUUAACGGCAGGCCCGAAGGAGGAGGCCUCGGAAGGAACUCCUUCCCACCUUUUGCCCGAGGUCAUUCUACGUCGCGCGGAACGAGACCGCACCGUUUCGGGGCGCAAUGUUAUCAACCAGCGGGCCUUGGAGAGGGGCCUCAGGGAGAAAUGGGGAGAACGUCUCCUCUCCUUCCUCCUCCCGGUGGCCAGCCAGAUGCGCUGCCUCUCCUAUGAGGAACUCAGGCGCCUUGGCUUCACUGCAAUACCUUGGAAGGAGUCGGACGUUCGCGUCCUUCUCAACACUCUCAGGGAUCGUGAAGUCUCGCCUCACAAGCUCCAACAGGUUUGGGACACUCUCAAGUGGUUCAGUCUGCUCGCCAUUGACGAAAUCUUUAGGCUCACAGAGAAGAAGAAGUCCCUCUCGGAGACUCUCGUCAGCACGGUGCACCGUCCAAUGAGAAAGGCCCUUGUUCCCUCCAAGGCAUUUGUGAUCCAGUUGGAGGAAACGGCGGCCAGGCCCCCUUCAGAACCCGAUUCUAGGAUCCAUUUGAUGGACUCCUUCAUCUGUGGCAUCGUCAGGUUUCCGCUUGGGACCAGUGCUCGCUUCAGUGACCUUCAGCACACUAACCCGGACACCCUUAAGGUCACCUCCGCCACGGUGGAGCUGGCAGCUUGGCAGACAAAGACCCACUCGGCGGUGACGGUCAAGAAGAAGCCGGUCCCCCUCAUCUGCCCCAAGUAUUCCUUCUCAGGCAAGGACUGGUGGACUCCCCUGAUCGCUACCUGGCGCAAGCUCGCAGCUGGCUGGCCUUGGCAGUUCCCAAGUCCCACGGAGGAAUGGCUGAUGUCACCAAGGCGCAUAGGCGCAUUAAGGUUCUCCUCCGUGAAUGGCGCUAUCAGGUUGCCCAGCUUGGUGUGCACGGCAAGUGCUCAGCUCUACUGGGGCCGCAUGGCAGCCAUCCUUUUGAGGAUUGCCUACGCGGUUUUCCCUGAAGUUGACUGGGGUUUUGUGUUCGUAGACGACUUUGCUUGGUUGCUUCGCAAGUCCAGCUCCUCCCUGCUGGCUACCUCUCUGUGUCUAUUGCUGCUUGCAUUGGGUACCCCCCUAAGCUGGAAGAAAACGUUACUUGCCGAGGUCAACACCUGGUUGGGUUUCGUCAUCGACCCCAAGGGUCCCUGUGUGCAGAUGGCCCGUGACAAGCAUCUGCUUGUAGUGGGCAUCCUGGAAGAACUUAAGAGUGGUAAGGUCAUGUCGGCAUCUCAGAUUGCCAGUGCCUUGGGUAGACUGCAGUGGGCGACAACGGCUUGUCCCCGCACUAAACCCUUCCUCCAGCCCUUCUGGGCUUGGAAGAAGGCCUGCUUGACAGCAGGACGACCGGGAAAGCUGAUCCGUGCAUUCUCUGCUCUCUUGCUCUCUCUUUUCGAUCAAAAGUUCCGGCAAGCUUCGCCGUACGCACCGCUUGCCAUUUGGUCAGGGGCUAGUGAUGCUAGUGCCUCUGAUGAUGGCAGUGCCUUUGUGGGCGGCUGGCUCUCCAACACGGGAUGCCCGAAGAAGCGCAUCGCGGCCUUAGAGAUGUUCGGCACCCUGGUUCUUGCCCACUUUCUCAUGGAGAAGGCGCCAACGUUCAUCCCGAACCUCAGGAUUCCCCUGGUCAGCGACAACCAAGGGAACGCGUACUCACUCCUCAAUGAUAAAUCCAAGAAGAUGCCCACCUCGGUCAUCCUCAUGGAGAUCCUGCUUCAGUUGCACGUGCACGGCAUGCAGCUCGCGCCGUCGCACAUUAAGAGGGACUUCAAUACGUGGGCAGAUGAGCUGACCCAUCCGAAUUUCCAUGGUUUCACACCCUCUCUUCGCUUGCCGGUGAAACCCGUGCUCAAGCAUUUUUCGCUCGUUCGUUCUAUUCUUGAAGAUCGGAUCUUUGAUGAGCCAACCGACCUCACCCAUGGGCCGGUGCAGGGCACCCGGUGA